AUGGCAUCCCCAGCUCCGGCCCAGCCCCCGGGGAUCCGCACCAUUUCCAGUCCACCGCCGCCGUCCCAAAGAAAUCCAAUGCACAAUUCCUCGACUGAAGGCGGCGUCAUCGCCGGCUUGGUCAUCGGCUUCCUGGCCUGCUUGUUCCUAUUCAGCGUAGUGUGGAGCAUCUGGAUGGGGCGCCGUGACAGUCGUCGCGCCGCGGCGGCUACGCCCCCUCGGCCGUGGUCGCCACCCCGCUCUCGCGAAGACGGCGAUCAGCAGCUCCUCAGGGCCAGCGCCUCCAGCCAGACGGCGCUUCUACCGGCAUUCGCGUACAGCCCGUCGGUGAAGCACAACGUGACGGACGACGGCGAGGAGGCGGCGACGUGCUCGGUGUGCCUCGCCGCGUUCCAGCUCGGGGAGACGGUGCGGCUGCUGCCGGCGUGCCUGCACCUGUACCACGCCGAGUGCAUCGACCCGUGGCUGGACGCGCACUCGACGUGCCCGCUCUGCCGCUCGGAUACCGCCGACGCGUCCAUGGAGAUGGACGUCGGCCGGCUACCGCCCGUUUAG